AGGCGGACAACGGUGCCAUCGAAUCCAGCAUCAAUCAUCGCGGAGUAGACGAGGAGGACGAGAGGAUGGCGAACCAGACGAUCGCCAACGUCACGGUUCGCGCGCGCGUCGACGACACUGUCAACGAAACAUCGCCGGCAGCACCUACCAAGAGUACUUACUACUUUCCUCUCGCUGAUCGCGAGAGCCUCGUGAACGCGUCCCAAACGAACGGAAACGAUGUCGCGGAAUUACAGAAGGAUCAGGGCGACCUGUCGUCCAUCGUCGCGGUGGCGUCGAACGACAUCGAGCAGGAUACUAACGAUCCGUUACGGUCGGGCACGAGGUCGACGGAGCGCAGCAACGAUCCUGGGAGCAACGACGACUUUGUCACAUCGACUCGGCCGAAUCGAGCGGAGAUCGCGUCGAGCAUCGUGCCACUGGAGAGCCGGUUGCCUGAAGGUUCAAGGAGCGACGACCAGAAUCUGUCGAACGUGGUGAGUCACGAGGACGAUCCUGAGCCAAACUCUUGGAGAAGGGAGGACUCGGUCGAUCUCACGACCGCGUCUGCACGCGAGAUCGUCGUCACAUCAGCGGUGAAACCACCGAUCGAGCAAAAGAACGCAGAGGCGGACAUCAGAGCAAUCUCGUUCCAAGUGCCUGCGGUUUCCGAGGAGGUUGCAGAGGACAACGAACAGGCGAAGAACGCGAUGGAACCGAGGAAGGAUCAUUCGAGGCCGGUAAACAACCUCGUGUUGGCCGGCGGUAAGUCGACGAAAGCGUUCUACGAGAUCAAACCAUCGAUCAAGACCGAGAUGGAGGCCGAUCAGCUAUAUCCGAGCAGCACCCAACGGCCGUUACCUGGAAGGAAGUUCGUGCUGCCCAGCGUGGACAGCGCGUUCGGUAAAUUCGGGCCCUACUUCGAGGACGGCGAUCAAGAGGUAAACGUCACUGCCAGGAUAGGGAGCACGAUGCUGCUCGACUGCAAGAUCGGCAUGCUUGGUAAUAAGGAGGUACCCGAGCAAUUGGAGAUUACAGAUCCAGUACGCGACCCCGCGAGACUCCGGCUUAUACAAGUGCCAAGUCGCCACGCAUCCGCCGUUGGUUAAAACGAUUAACGUCGUCGUUACGGGUAAGUGGUCCUUU